CGUCGCGUAAGCGAUUAAGUUAGCAUAUCGAUAUUACCUUCUGAGUAAGUACACCCUGCGACAAUUCCAGUCGCCAUCGCGGAUGUGCCCAUGACAUUCAUGAACAUUCGGCAUUUUGUUUAAGCUCUGUUUUUCUGUAGUCGUUUUAGACCCUCGUCUACCAGACCAGAAAACGAUGGACGCAAUGUCGCGCGGGCGCAGUUGCACGCGGGCUGCAGGCGAUUUGCUCCGGCGGUCCAAGACCGGCUCCGUGGCGGUGCUCCUGCAGCGACAAAUUUGCAGUGCGACGAUGAGUACCAGCAGCACUUCUACGUCCAGGUGUUCGUCGAGGACUACAACUCAUGCGCCGCCGACCCCGUCUUCUUCCUCCACAGCGGCGGCGCGUGUCAGCACCACCUUGCCCCACCGGGUCCACAGACGGACGAUGUCCCGCACAGACCAUGAUAGGCAGCAGGUUCGGAAAAUCUCGUUCGCAAAUGGCGACCCCUUUUCCGCGUUCGGCGGCCAAUUUGGCGGGUUCGGCGGCGGGCGCGGCGGUGGGCCUGGGGGGUUCGGCGGGAAUGGGAAUGGCAACGGCCGCAGCCCCCCGGCUACGAAGAAACUGUACGAACUGCUGGGCGUGUCAGAAAACAGCACGGAAAAGGAGAUCAAAGUAAGACUCAGUUGUGUUUUUUUUCCUCGUCGUGUGGGUGUGGGUGUUCUUGUUUCCACGGCGACUGGACUUUUUUGAUAGUGGUAAAAGUGCUGCCCGAUCAAAUACACGUGGCGGAGGCUGUCUAUCGGUCGCGGUUUGAAGCGAAUUUUUGACGAGCAGGCAGAAGUAGAACUAGAAGACAGAGACUGGUGUCUUCAGACAUACACGACAAAUAACAAAUGACAGGCUGCGUACAAGAAGAAGGCGCUGCAGUUUCACCCGGACCGGGGCGGAAGCGAGGAGCAAUUCAAGGAGAUCUCGAAGGCCUACGACGUGCUGUCCAGUCCGGAAAAGAAGAAGCUGUACGACGUGUACGGCGAUGCGGGACUGGAGCAGAUGGAGCAGGGCGGCGCUGGCGGGGGGCCCGGGAUGGGCAUGGCCCAGGACCCGUUUGACAUGUUCCGGGACAUUUUCGGGCAGGCCGCCGGCGGCCAGAUGCGCACGCGAAGGACGCAGGACAUUGUGCAGAAGGUGCGGCUCUCCCUGGAGGACAUCUACAAGGGCGUCACCAAGGACUACCAGCUGCAACGGCACGUGUUGUGCGAGUUCUGCGGCGGCCACGGCGGUAGCGAGGUGGUGGCCUGCAACCAGUGCGGCGGGGUGGGACGCAUCGAGCAGCAGCAGCGCAUGGGGCCCUUUGUGCAGUUCGUGCAGACAGAGUGCCCCAAGUGUCGAGGUACUGCGGUGGAGGUUUUCAGUAGAGAAGCUGCGGAAGUACUCAUUUUUUGCAACGUGAGGGUGAGAUGGCUGACAGUUUUCUAACGUUUCCAGGACAGUGAAGUAACAGCAAGACGUAGAAGCCAAAAUUUACACCGGUCAAAUCAUAUUUGGUGUGCUGCUCGUUUCAUAACACAGGCGCCGGCAUGAUCGUGCCUCCGGGGAAGCAGUGUCGCCCCUGUCGCGGGAAGGGCAUCGUGGAAAAGAAGGAGUUUUUUCAGAUUCACGUCCCACCCACUGCAACCACCGGCUACGUGCAGAAGUUUCAGGGUAAGGCCGAUGAAGCGCUCGGCUUUGAGACGGGCGACCUGGUUUUUGUCGUGGAAGAGCAGAGGCACGCGACGUUCCACCGGGUCGGGCAAGAUCUCAUGAUCAAAAAGUCGCUCCCGCUGCAGGACGCACUCUGCGGAUUCCGGUGAGAUAGUUAGAUUGAUACAUUAUGCCGACUCGGUUACUCGCUAAGCGUAUGCAUAGAUAUAAUGCGCUUAUUUAUUUUGCGGCAAUACCCGAGGCGCUGUGGAAAUGAUAAUGAACGCAAUAUUUCAUUCUUAGGAAACUGUUUUCUGCCAACAUUGAUUUCUUGUCUGCCAGGUUCAAAAUCCGGUUUCUGGACGACGAGGACGUGAUCCUGGAAAGCCAGCCGAACCAGGUGGUGAAGCCGAACGACAUAUUAUGCAAGAAAAAAACUGUGUAAGUGUAAAUUUGUGUUGCAGAAGAUGCAACAGAGUUCCACUAGUCAUGCCAGACAGCCAUGAAGUCCUCUUUUCAUGUGUGUUUUCCCUUACAAACCAUGCAUGACAGGAUUUCUCUGUCAUGUAGAGCAAAUUUGUGAUGCUGUUCCUCGAAGAAAGUUACACUUACACACUUUUUUUCGUGGAUACAUAUGGCGCAUACCUGGGAAGGGCAUGCCGACUUCCAACGGGACGUUUGGGGACCUGAUUGUGCGUUUUGAAAUUUUGUUCCCGAACACGGUGACGCCCAACUCCCGCGACGCUUUCUCCAAGCUCGGACUCGACCGUAGCUUCUUCUACGCAGAGAACGGCAGCGCGCCAGCAAGUGCAAACGAGACCACGACGACUUCCCCCGCCGGCGAAAGUAACGGCACGACGGGCUCUGCGGGUGGUCCGUCGACGCACCGCGCCGAGCCUUUGGACAGGCACGCGAAAGAUCAGCUUCUCGAACGACUACAGCGCCAGAAGGAUCGGUCGCAGUCCGGCCAAGCCGGGGAGCAGCAGUGUCAAAUGAUGUGAUGUUAUUUGAAAUUAUGCAAAGCGUUUUUUGUCUUCUCUUUGUCUUUAAUCACGAGAAGCUCGUUGUGAUAGAGUGAGAUUCUCUAACACGACGCGAGGCAGCUCCAGAAACCAAUAUCCAACGGAAGAUGAGUCCUUUCGUAAACAAGUUCUUGCAGUGCCAGUAUGAAUACUUAUUUUCCUUUC